GCUCCGGGCCGGGCCGCCCGCCCUCCCCGCCGCCGCCGCUGCCGCCGCCGCCUCCCCGGAGCCUGCGGGCGGCGCGGAGGCCGAGGAGCGCUCGCUGCAGCACAUGCUGCGCGCCAUAGCCGAGGAGCGCGGCCGCCUCAGCCUGCGCCGCGAGGUCUGCGGCCUCGGGUGCUUCAAGGAUGACCGCAUCGUCUUCUGGACUUGGAUGUUCUCUACCUACUUCAUGGAGAAGUGGGCCCCGCGGCAGGACGACAUGCUCUUCUACGUGCGCCGGAAGCUGGCGUACAUGGGCAGCGAGGGCGCCGUCGACGGGCGGAAGCUGGCUGAGGCCGAGCCCGAGGUGGAGGUGGAGGUGUACCGGCGGGACUCCAAGAAGCUGCCGGGCCUCGGAGACCCUGACAUCGACUGGGAGGAGAGCGUCUGCUUGAACCUCAUCCUGCAGAAGCUGGACUACGUGGUGACAUGUGCUGUGUGCACACGAGCUGAUGGCGGGGACAUCCACGUCCAUAAGAAGAAAUCCCAGCAAGUGUUUGCAUCCCCCAGUAAACAUCCCAUGGACAGCAAAGGGGAAGAAUCCAAGAUCAGCUACCCCAACAUCUUCUUCAUGAUCGACAGCUUCGAGGAGGUGUUCAGCGACAUGACCGUGGGCGAAGGAGAGAUGGUCUGUGUGGAGCUGGUGGCCAGUGACAAAUCCAACACAUUCCAAGGGGUCAUCUUUCAGGGCUCUAUCCGCUACGAGGCGCUCAAGAAGGUGUACGACAACCGCGUGAGUGUGGCUGCCCGCAUGGCACAGAAGAUGUCCUUUGGCUUCUACAAGUACAACAACAUGGAGUUUGUGCGCAUGAAGGGGCCACAGGGCAAGGGCCACGCCGAGAUGGCGGUCAGCCGUGUGUCCACUGGUGACACGUCCCCCUGCGGGACCGAAGAGGACUCCAGCCCGGCUUCGCCCAUGCACGAGCGGGUGACCUCCUUCAGCACUCCCCCAACGCCCGAGCGCAACCACCGGCCCGCCUUCUUCUCCCCGUCCCUCAGGAGGAAGGUGCCCCGGAGCCGGAUGGCGGAGAUGAAGAAGUCUCACUCGGCCAACGACAGCGAGGAACUCUUCCGGGAGGAUGAUGGGGGAGCCGACCUGCACAAUGCCACCAACCUGCGGUCUCGGUCCCUGUCCGGCACGGGGCGCUCCCUGGUCGGGUCCUGGCUGAAGCUGAGCAGAACAGACGGGAAUUUCCUUCUUUAUGCACAUUUAACCUACGUCACUUUGCCGCUGCACCGGAUUUUAACAGACAUCCUGGAAGUACGGCAGAAGCCCAUCCUGAUGACCUAGCCGUGUGCGGGGCCCACGCGGAGCCUCCAGCCCUGCCCAGUCCUGGGAGUGCUGCCAAGUGCCUACCUGUCCACCGUCACUGGGGUCUUCCGGGACCACCCAGCGCCGCAGCCGGAGCCAGGUGGGACCACUCGACUCCCGGGGCCAGGGCCAGCUCCACCAACACCAGCCCAAACUGAAGUGCCUCGUUCUCCUCCCCGCUGGCUCUGCUCCUGCCCACCCACCCGGCACCCUCAGCCCGUCUCUGGAGAACCCUCUGCACCCAAAGAGGACCAGAGAUGCCAAGAGGCAUAAGAGAGAGCAGAGGAGCAGCCAGCAUCCAGAGAGAGUCCAGCCCUACGGACCCGACGUGUGCAUCCCGACGGGCGGCAGGCAGAAACCACUGGCUGGGGGCACGCAGUGUGUCAGACUGUCAGCACUUAAGGAACAGUGCUUUCAGAUUUUGUGACACUGUACCGAUGACCUUCAGCAUCCAAGUUAGUCCCGGUCGUCUGUCCUCCCUCGUUUACUCCUGGUUGUAGAUGGGUUUCCACGGGGAGCGGGGAACACGGCUGUCUGAUGGUUUUGCCCUGGGCUGGGAAUACCUCAGCCCGUGCCCGGUUCCAGACAGGCCCCCAUCCUGCCAGAAUGGCCUUUGCUUCCAGCCAAAGAGCAUCACCAACACACACACCUCCAGCUUGGAGACAGUCACCCCACCUGCGCCUCAGCUGGCGUGGCCUGUGGACUUCGGAUUCUGAGGGCAGGAGAGGGUGCUUGGUAGCCAGACAGGAGAAGGGUGGGGGUCCCUGCCAAAGGGUGAGGAGGGGUCUGCGUUCUCCCAGGAAGGUUCCAGGCAGAACCUCCGUCCUCUGGGGCCAGGGGAGGCGAUAGGGUGUUUCAUCUUCCCUGGUUUCUUAGAGCUUAUUUCCUUUGAAUGGGCGUGCUGGUCCCAUUUCUCAGACCAGUCACUGAGGCAAAGGGGAACUGGCUUCCAUGUGGCUUGUCAGGCACCGUUCCAGCUUGAGGGGUUUCCACCUGUGGUGACACAUUGCACUCUUCUGAAAACCGUGAGCCCCCUCGGGUACAGAAGCGUUUCCCCUGCCCACGGGAAUAAGCCGUCAGCUGGGUCUCUGCUGCUCUGUUUUGCUUGCGUCCUCAGGAGUGUUUGAAGGGUUCCUGGUGUACUAGGGUUAGAGAUCCUCUGGGGGAGAAGAGGGAGAGGAGGAGGGGCGCGUCUUCCCGUCUGUUUCCAUUCUGCGCGUUCUAAGGGUCUGCGCUGGGCUCCGGGAACUGGGGACUACUUUGGGGCUUCUCCAGAUUUUGUAUGCUGUUAUUAAAAGCGAGCUACUGCAUUUCAUUCUGCCUCAGUUUGCCCACCUGUCGAUGGGGCUGAUACCACCUACCUCACCGCAGUCUCCAGGGUUCCGGUGCACGACCGGGUCAGGGCGAGAUGGCCAGCCCUCCUGCAUAGCUCAGCUCAGGUCAGGUGGCAGACCAUCGGGACGCUUACCCUACCCCACACCCCGGUCACCAGGCCGGGGAGGCGAGUGGUGGGGUCGGGGCAAACGUUCUUGCGUUCUCUGACAGUGCCCGGCUCAUGCUCGGCUGCAUCUCAGCUCCCCGCACAGCUUCACGUUCCAAAACUGUGUCUUAGGGCAGCAGAGUCAGGUCACGCCCCAGAGUGUUGGAGCAGAGAGAGCCUCAGGGAGCCGUGAGCCUGGCCCGGUGUUCCCAGGUGCCGGGUGAGUGUUCUCUGGGGAGCCCAACUCUGCAGCCACGUCUGUGUCCGAGGCAGCUGAAUUACAGCUUUUCCUUCAGGCUCCUUUUCUUCCUGGUCUUCUGGGGUCUGAAGACUCUGGCUCAGUUCUUGGGAGAAAUGCAGUCCUAAUGUAUCUGCCGCGGAAGGAUGAGGUAGUUUCGCACAUGCGCAGUGCAGCCGCCCUCCCCGUUCUCAUGGGGGAGGAGCCCGAGAAGGGUCCGCCCGCACUGGAGCCAGAAAUCGGCUCCUCCUCAAACGUGUCCUGCCUCGAAGGGUAACUGAGGGCCAGUUGCAAGGAACGCGUUAACGUGCUUUGCAGAGCUUAGACAUGCGGGCCACGGUGGUCUUAGAGAUCACGCCUCACUGGUAAAGCGCGUGAACGUAGGUAGCACCUAGCAUGUGCAGGCACCGUGCUAAACGUUUAGCUGCUGUCAUCACCCCCUUCUUACAGAUGAGGGAGCAGCCACACACGGAGAGGUUGGGACAACAGGAGCCCAACCCAGGAGUCUGGCCCCAGUCGACACUGAGCCUCGACACUGUGCUGCCCCAGGACUGAUGCACGAAAGUUCCGUGGAAUCGACCUUUCUCAGUCUUAAAUCCUCCAGAGGCUACUUCUGACACUGAAUUUAAAACAUGCUUAGAGGCACUUGGUAACUAGGCAGUAAGCUGUUACUCUGAGUUUUGCUUUUCUCAAAGUCACAAAUGACAUCAGUAACAGAGUGACAAGUGACGGGGCCAGAACCGGGGCCCCGACAUCCCAGGGCGUCCUGGUGUUGACACAUCUUACUUCCUGUAGGGCCAUCUUUCGUUUUCUGGGAACGUGCCUGUCUCUUGUAUAAGGAGGGGACAGCCAGAGCGCGUGAACAUCUCUUAAACGGGAAUUGGAAUUAAAGUGCAGUUUUCCUUUGAAGAAACCUGUAACCUCUAAGCUUUUUAGGACAUUAAUAAGAAAGUUAUCUUCUUUUUAGAGUCAGACCCGUGUCUUCCCUGUUUCCACCUCCUUCAGCACCCGAAGGUUCGGGCAGUGUUUAGUCUCCAUUCCGAUGUCUGAUGGAAGGAACUUUCAGUUGUCUGUGCAAACAGCUGAGGCUUGUUAUUUCAAAAGGAUAUUAUUUUUAAGUAACAGAGAAGUAGUCAAAGAGAAGAAAGGGCAGAAUAUUCUAAAGCCAGUCAACUUGGAGAUAGCGUGGGUUUUCUGGCGAGUCAGAGCCUUGCUAACGUUUGGGUUUCGCAAGGACUGUGAACAAAUCAUCAGAAAUCAGUUAGGUUUCUGUCAAUGACAGUAACGGCAGACAGGCAUGUUCCUGAUGUGAUUUUGUUUUUCAAAGAAUCUAGCUAGAAUCGAACCAGGACCUAUUUUUGCUGUUUUAAUCACAGACAAACUAGUCAGUAGAGAUUUUUGAAGAAUGAUGUGAAAACUUUAUUUCUUAAAAGACAUUCCAGAGGAAGUCCCUAUGCAGUUGGUACAUUCUAACGACUGACUUCUGAACAACAUUCGACAUUAUCAUAAUGAGGGGGUUUUAAAUUGCUGGCCAAAAUGCUUCAAAGAUUUACCUUGAAAAUAUAGAUUUACCUAUAAAACUGUCAACUUUUUAAUGCGCCUUGGUGAUAGGUUUCACUCUGAUAAUUCUGUUCAGUUUUCCAACGUAGCUGGAAUUUAGUUACAAAACCAAGUGUCUUUUGCCAGUACAUUGAUUAUUCCUGUGCAGGCCUUCUCUCUUCUGUGUAUCAGACAGCAGAAUUACUUCCCUUCAAAAAGAUAACCGCCCUAAUGGGACACAGACUCCGACAGGGAUGUGAUGCUAGCCGACAUCGGGCCCUGGAGCUGGAGUGGAAGUAGCCUCUGGAGGCGUUAGCAGCCCCCCGGGAGUCGGGUGAUGGGUGCACCGGGGCUUCUUACCUUUGUUCCUGUUCACUGACGGACGUGAUCCUCAGCGGAGAAGGAAUCCUGCAGCCCUUCGUCUGAGCCCCGGGAACAGACAGCCCUGGACAACUCCUCGGGACACCGCACAGAAGCCAAAUCACUUGCACACCGAGCGGCCUGGGGCUGGGUUCAGAGUCCACAGCGGGUAGAGCCUCAGAAGCAGAGGCAGCCAGCCGCGUGGAGCCGUUGGUGUUUAGUUUUCUACUCUUCCCAGGGCAGGCGGGCAUCUUCGUGGCUGCGGUUCCAGCCCUGAGCUCAGUAGAUGAAAACCAACAGCGACGCUCCAACGCUGCUGAGCGGCUGCCAGUGUCGUCUUCAGUCCCCCACUUCCUAGAAGGUUGGACGAUUUAGGUGUAAAUAGCAAUCUUGUAUGGUCUCCAGACGAGUUCUGUGUGGGAGAAUAUGUAAACCUGCGAAGAAAACCUGUUGAGAUUUUUCACUACUUCGAGGCCUAACUAAAAUGAUUUCUACAAAAUAUAUUUUAGCAGAAACACCAGGACGGCAUACAUUGACUAUAUGAGGAUCUAGCUGGCAGUGCUGUUCCCAUAAGCACUGUCAACAGCUUCUGCAUUAACCAUCUUCCACAUACAAGAGAAAUAAUUUCUAAGCAGUUGUUUGUGGUUGGCUGCUAGCUGUGCUUUAUGAGUUUGCAUUUCUUUUGAAAGUUGAUUUGCAUGUUGGGUAUUAUUUAUUUCUUCUCUGAUGAAUCUGUACCUAUUUUUUUCUCCAGUGGGUGUUUCAGAUUACAGAUAUUACAGCAGUGUGCUAAUUUACUGAUUGAACCUUAAUUUCCCCCCAGAGGUGUCUUAAACUGCUUUUGGAGCUUUCAUACCCUGGCUUUGGCAGGCCUGGGAGUCAGCAGGGGGUUCUGGAGGCCAGCAGCUACAAUUUGGUCAGAUGCUGUAUUUGCAAAAUGAAAUCAGAGAUUGUUUCAGGGUCAGCUCUCUCAGCCCCUGUGAAGUCAGUUAUACUAUAAAAUUCCCAAGCCUUUGCCAGAGAACCUCUGCAAAGGCCCUGAGGGAAGUGGGAAAGUGACUAGAAUAAAAGGAGUCCCAAGUUCACGUUCUGGCAGGCUUCGCAUGAGCUACUGGUCUUCUGGAAGGUGGUUUUGGACCGUGGCUGGCUGUUGCCUCCCAGCCCCGGUUCAUCGGGUUGACACCGAGAAUGCUCACAGCCCCUCAGGCUGACUCUGCCAGAGCCUCCUACUCCGGUUCCUGCAGGUGGAAGCACUGCUCAGGCAGUGGGCUUUUUCUUUCCGUGGUCAGGUGCACUCUUACGUCAUAGGGUGAUGGGCACAAGUAAGGCCUAAGACACUGUAGAAGGUUAUAGAAAAUGACAACAGAAAGGGGGGCGGUCUGCGAGGGACACUUCCACAAAUCUAGAAAUAGAGUAAAGGUCAUCACAGCACACCUCUCUCAGAAACACCGGAGCCAGGAUUCUCUGAACUGGCGUCACCAAGGGUAGCCUGUCCUUCGGAAGGCGUACAGACGGUACCUAGAAAGGAGGCAGUUUAGUAGGUGAAAAAGGCGACUUCCUUCUCACCCAGAUCAGCCCCCUUGUUGUUAAUAAUGAGGAGGUCCUUUUAAGACAGUCACCCGAUUAGUAGAGGUGGGGAGACAGUCUGUGCCCUGGAAGCUACACCUGCGGUAACUGCAUUCCUGUUCACUGCUUACUCUUGAGGGCUGUGCUGCUGUUUGCGUUUUUAGUCUGACCUAGAUGCACCUUUAGGAACUACUGUCAUGCCCUGGCUUAGGAAAAAAAUGUUGACUGGAAGGGAAAACCUUUGGGAAUUUUAUACCGGCAGAAGGGGUAAGUGUAAAGUAACUGACUCCAGACAGUAACACGGUUCACUGUAUAUAUACGUGUUGGAUGUGUAAACAUGCUGUACUUCGUGCUCGAUUGUUAAAAUGACAGAACAGCUGGAAAAUUGAUAUGAGGAAGGAAAAAUAUUUGUUCUGCGGGUGAUCAAACAAAAGAUGUCUUUGCUUUUGCCCACAGCAACAUUAACUUCCCUCCUGACUUGGCCUCCACGUAAGCCAACAGGCUUAUCAACAAGAUACUUCUUUCCUAUUUGUGGGUUAAGGGUCUUUCAUCCUGGAACCUGACUUUAAUAAAACAAUUAGACUGCUCAGUUUGAAA